UUCUCCGGGUUGUUGGGUUAUUUUCGGGGGAACGUUUAAAGUUUUCUAACGGGAGCCGAGAGAGGACUAGAGGCGUGUGGUGCGGCGCGUUCACGAGGAAAGAGCGCGUGCGCGCGUGCUCCUCUUCUCCCCUUGCCUCCCACCCCAUCAUCGCCCCUGCCCGUCAGUCAGUCAUGCCGCCCAAAGCCCCUCGGAAACCGGCUGCUUCGACCCCAGAGCCGCCGCCGCCGCCGCCGCCUUCCCCUCCCCCUCGCGAGGAGGAAUUGGAGCCAGACAGUGGCCCAGAGGAGCUGCAGCUUGUCAGGCUUGAAUUUGAAGAAACAGAAGACCCUGAUUUUACUACAUUAUGUCAGAAACUAAAGAUACCAAAUCGGGUCAGGAAAGAGGCGUGGGAGAAUUGGGAAAAAGUUUCUUCUAUGGAUGGAGUUUUGGAAUAUGAUAUUCAAAAGAAAAAGGAAUUAUGGGGAAUCUGUAUAUUCACUGCAGCCAUAGACCUGGAUGAGAUGCCAUUCACCUUUACUGAGCUUCAGAAAAACAUAGAUAUAAGUGUACACAAAUUUUAUCAUUUGCUAAGAGAAAUUGAUACCAGUACUAAAGUUGACAGUGCUGUUUCCAGACUAAUGAAGAAAUAUGAUGUUUUAUUUGCACUCUACGACAAACUGGAAAGGACAUGUGGACUUAUAUAUAUGGCUCAACCUAGUAGUCCGAUAUCUUCUGAAAUAAAUUCUAUGUUGGUGCUAAAAGUUUCUUGGAUCUUGUUUUUGUUGGCUAAAGGGGAAGUAUUACAGAUGGAAGAUGAUCUGGUGAUUUCAUUUCAGUUAAUGUUGUGUGUCCUUGACUAUUUUAUCAAACUCUCACCUCCUGCAGUGCUCAAUGAGCCAUAUAAAACAGCAGUGAGUACAUCAUCUAUUAAUGGUUCACCUAGAACACCAAGGCGAGGUCAAAAUAGGAGUGCACGGAUAGCAAGACAACCAGAGACUGACACAAGAGUCAUUGAAGUUCUUUGUAAAGAGCAUGAAUGUAAUAUAGAUGAGGUAAAAAAUGUUUAUUUAAAAAACUUUCUACCCUUCUUGAAGUCUCUUGGUAUUGCAGCUUCUAAUGGACUACCAGAGGUUGAAAAUCUCUCUAGACAAUAUGAAGAAAUUUACCUUAAGAACAAAGAUAUGGAUGCAAGACUAUUUCUGGAUCAUGAUAAAACUCUUCAAGCUGAUUCUAUUUAUAGUUUUGAAAUGGAGAGGACACCAAGGAAAAGUCAUCCUGAUGAAGAGAUGCCUUUAAUUCCUCCACAGACUCCUGUUAGGGCUGUCAUGAAUACUAUACAACAGUUGGUGAUGAUACUGAAUUCAGCAAGUGAUCAACCAUCAGAAAAUCUUAAUUCUUAUUUCAAUAAUUGCACAGUCAAUCCUAAAGAAAGUAUCUUGAAAAGAGUAGAGAAUAUUGGAUGCAUCUUUAAAGAAAAAUUUGCUGAAGCUGUGGGACAAGGUUGUGCAGAAAUUGGGUCACAGAGAUACAAACUUGGAGUGCGAUUAUACUACAGAGUAAUGGAAUCUAUGCUCAAAUCAGAAGAAGAGCGUUUAUCUAUUCAAAACUUCAGCAAACUUCUGAAUGAUAAAAUCUUCCAUACAUCUCUAUUGGCUUGUGCUGUCGAGGUUGUAAUGGCCACAUAUGGCAGGACUACAUACCAGAGCCAUGAUUCUGGAACAGAUUUGUCUUUUCCAUGGAUUUUGAAUGUACUUGAUUUAAAAGCAUUUGAUUUUUACAAAGUGAUUGAAAGCUUUAUCAAGGCAGAAGCGAGUUUGACAAGGGAAAUGAUAAAACACUUAGAACGUUGUGAACAUCGGAUCAUGGAAUCACUAGCAUGGCAAUCAGAUUCACCUUUAUUUGAUCUCAUUAAACAAUCGAAGGAACGAGAGGGACCGGUUGAUCACCUCCUUGAACCUACUUCUACUCUUAAUAUGCCUCUCCAACAUAAUCACACUGCUGCAGAUCUAUAUCUUUCUCCUGUAAGAUCUCCCAAGAAAAAAGGAUCUACAGCUCGAAUAAAUUCUACUUCAAGUGCAGAGCCACAGACAACACCAGCGUCUCAAACUCAGAAGGCACCAAAAUCUACCUCCCUUUCACUCUUUUACAAAAAAGUGUAUCGUUUGGCAUAUCUCCGGUUGAAUACCUUAUGUUCACGACUUCUGUCAGAUCACCCAGAACUGGAGCAUAUUAUUUGGACCCUUUUCCAACACACACUGCAAAAUGAGUAUGAACUCAUGAGGGACAGACAUUUGGACCAGAUUAUGAUGUGUUCCAUGUAUGGCAUAUGCAAAGUGAAGAAUAUAGAUCUGAAAUUCAAAAUUAUUGUUACAGCCUACAAGGACCUUACCCAUGCCAUUCAGGAGACUUUCAAACGUGUUUUGAUCAGAGAAGGGCAAUACGAUUCCAUCAUAGUCUUCUACAAUUUGGUCUUCAUGCAGAAACUAAAAACAAAUAUUCUGCAGUAUGCUUCCACCAGGCCCCCAACCUUGUCACCGAUACCUCAUAUUCCUCGGAGUCCUUAUAAGUUUUCUAGUUCUCCUUUACGUGUUCCUGGAGGGAAUAUUUAUAUAUCACCCUUGAAGAGCCCAUACAAAUUUUCAGAAGGCCUGCCAACUCCCACAAAAAUGACUCCAAGAUCAAGAAUAUUGGUUUCAAUUGGUGAAUCAUUUGGCACUUCUGAGAAGUUUCAGAAAAUAAACCAAAUGGUGUGUAGCAGCGACCGUUUGCUAAAAAGAAGUGCUGAAGGAAGCAACCCUCCUAAACCACUGAAAAAACUACGCUUUGAUAUUGAAGGAUCAGAUGAAGCAGAUGGAAGCAAACAUCUCCCUGGGGAAUCCAAAUUUCAACAGAAACUUGCAGAAAUGACAUCUACUCGUACAAGAAUGCAAAAGCAGAAAAUGAACGAUAGCAUGGAUACCUCAAGCAAGGAAGAAAAGUGAACAUCUUUUCAGGACCUUGCUCAGCCCACCUCCUGUCUUCAUUCGUUGCCUUUCCUUUACCAAAUGGCACACUGCCUAGUUUCUAUUUACUAUCAUUUGUAGUAUAAUAUAGCUUUCAGCUUUUUUCAGCUUUCAGAGAUCUUUGGAAGUAUGCAUUUUGUGUGUGUGAGACUCCCAAGUUAUUUACAGUGUUGUCAUAGUACAUACACUGCUUUUAUACAUGAUGUGGUGUCUUGUGCAGAUAUUGCCACUUUAGAUUAUCCCAAUUUCUAAAGUAAACGUAGUACUUUGCAGAUUGGGCAUAAAGACGGUGCAGACAGCAUGUAUAUGAUGUAUGCCACUUUCAUUAAUUUAUAUAUUUUUUAUUUAAUGCUAAUACAUUGGGAAGAUUUUCCCACCUUCCAAAUGGAGAUUGGUUGAUUGCCCUUUCAUUUUUGUUAUCCUGAACUCUUCAGCUGAGAUAGGUAUUGGAAAUAACAGAAAUUACUUGAAAAAAGAUACUGAUUUUUGUAUACAUUAGUUUAUUUUACUCUUGGAAUCUGAUACACUUUUGCUUAUUUUGCAAAUCUUGUAAUAUAAGUACAAGCAGAAAGCAAAGUAUAAACUCCUGAUGCUGCCGUACUACUGAUACAGGUUCCAUACCUCAGCGCUGGGAAACAUUUCUUCUUGCUUUUGUUCUCUGUCAUACAUACAUACAUUUUGAAGUCUAAAUCUGGGUAUAUGACAACACCACUGGUUUUCAUACCAACCAAAUUCCUAAAUAUACAAAGUACUGGUCCGAGUACUUGCAAAGAGCCUUAUGUUUUACUGUGCCCCUCUAAAAUACAGUCCAAGUGCACUUUUAAUCUUUCUCUGGGUUCUAACAAAUCAGGACAGCAAUGAAGUGUGCCAUCGAUACUGACAACAUUGUUAGCUGAGAUAUGACUAAACAAAGGAUCACAUGAUAAUCAUUCUUCCAUCAAGCUUCAAAUGGGGAAGGAAGGCUUAAGUAUUCUCUAGAAUGACUAUUAAACUUCAUCCAUGCUUUAGAUUUUCAUCUUUUAAAACAGCUCUUCUUUUUGCAAGCCAACAUAGCCUAACACUCCCUUUUGCAUUUUUACAAAACAUUUUCAUCCUAAAAUUAUAUAUCUUGAGGAUAGCCUUCUUGAACAUUAAGUAUUCACAUAUGGAGGUGAACUUUAUGCAGCUGCUCCAAUUCAAAGCAUCUACAUUUAAUGGGAAAAUGCUUUUUGGGGCACCCAAAGGUAUAUUUAAGAAAUGUUGUGUGGGUAACUUAUUUAGAAAGAAUUAAAAAAAAAAAGGUGAUAUUUAAAGUUAGCAUCAUCUAGCUUUUGACAGAAAUCACUUUUAGUCAAAUAUAUAUACAUAUAUAUAUAUGCCCUGAACCUUUUUUUUUUUUUAAUUCACUUACCCUAAUUUGGAGCGUUUUGUUAGGAAAUGAAAUUUUAUUUCACGGUCAGUUAAAUUUUAAACUUUUGUGUUUGAUUUGACCGUUUUCCUACUAUACUUACAAAAAUUAGUAUAUAUGAUUCUCUCAUUUUUACAUGGACUUCACAAAGACCAUUUUACCUUCUAAGCCAUGGUUUACAUAUGCUUUUGCUAUAUUUACAAUAGGAUUAAUGUCAAGGAUUUAGGAACUUAAAAGGUAUAUAUUGUAAAGUUCCUAAAUGGGCCAGGAGAUAUCUUUUAUUGAUGACUUGCUACUUUUUUGUUCAUAUGGAUUUAAAAGUGUACAUUUGAAAGUGUAUGUUGCUAUUUUCUAUAAUUUCUAGCUCCUUUAAAAAUAAAAUAGCUAUUGAGACUUCAAA